UGGCCAUCCCUGUCCCUACUUACUUAUUAAGGGUCCCCCAGUAGUUGUACCUGAUAUUGGGUUGGGGGGUGGAUUUUAGAAUUUAAAAAACUUUAGUAGUUAUUAGCAGUGAACUAUGUAAUAUAGUUCAGGUGUCGUAUCUGCAGGCAUUUUGUGUUUUCUGCUCAGAGUAUGAACUGAGCCUUACCUGCAGUUUUCAUUUUCAGCAUGUCUUCAUUUGCCUGCUGGCUGUGCCCAGAAAAGUUCAAGUCCAACAGAGACCGCAAAAACCACCUGAUUUCGAGGCCUCAUGAGAGGAUGCGGGUCCUGUGCCCUUUCUGUCCCCUCCGAGAUGGUAAGAAGGAGAAGUCUCUGCGUCGUAUGAGUGACCUCAAAGUGCACAUCGCAGAUAGCCACAAAGCGGAGAAAAGGAUUUUUUCAGACAGCCUUCCUUCCGAUUUCUUCUCUGAGGCGAAUGGGUUCUGGCUGGCAGUACACCCCAAGGAUUAUCUGAAGCUGAUCACUCCUAAUUCCUGGCGGGCUGAUGCGGCUGUGCGGGCACGGACUGAGAUGAUAAGGUGGAUUCGAGUAAACCAGCUGAGCAAGCGCCGUCUACAGGAAUUGGAACAGGGAUGGGAGGCAGCCCGUGCACCCUCAUUGACACCGGAGGAGAAGUUCGUGCCGGACUACAGCGAGGAGCCUGAGGAAGACCUACAAGCAAGGAAGAGAGCCAGGGAGUACUCCCCCUCCAGACCAGACCUCACUAGUGACUUUCAGCUCAAGACCAUCAGUCUGGAGGGUGGAGUGAUAAGCGUCUAUAUCACCAAGGAAGAUGAAGUCUAUAACGUCACCCUGACUCCAGAGGCAGCUCGGAAUCCUCAACUUCUGUCUUCUUUCAUGAGGAAGUCCCAGACACUGACCCAUGAUCCAUUUUUCCAGACACCGCCCACCAUGACUCCCGUGACCUCCCCAUCCAUAAAGAAAGUGCUGUCCAUUGUCCUGGCUGUGGGUCCUGAGCACUUUCAGAGCAUCAGGAAUGGAACCUGCCCCCCAGCAUAUGUACCAUCUAAGAUGUCCAGUGCAUGCCAUCCGCAGGAUACUUCUCCCAUCCCAGGUCAACCAGAGAGCUCCACCAUUCCAUGCCAGCUCCAGGAUCUCUUCUCCAUUGAUAGCCAGCCAGAGGGCCCCCCUACCAUCGACAGCCAGCCAGAGGGCCCCCCUACCAUUGACAGCCAGCCAGAGGACCCCCCUUCCAAUGAACAUCCUGAUAUUCUCUCAGACCAGCCAACUUUUGCCAUUCCUGUGGGUUUCAGAGGGCCACCUGAAAUUUCUCUGGCCAAGGACACUCCUGCCGAAGACCCAGCCAGCAUUGCAAGUGGAUCCAUUCUGGUGGAACUGGCAGAUCCAGACGCCCUGGCCUCCCUCAUCAAUGUACCACCCCUUUGCACGGGAGGAGACAGCCAGCGAAGCAAGCCAGCCAGUUCUUUUUAUGCCGAUCCCCUUGCUCCAGCUGUCCCCAACACUACGGCAUCCAGUUCCACCAGUUCUGACGCUGCAGGAACCAGUUUAACCUCGAGCAUGGACUUGUUGGAGAGCCAUAUUAUUUUGGACCGGGCGCGAACUCUGUUAGAGUUUGGUGUAAUGCCACUGUUGCCACCAGCAAGGAGAAACUGGUCAGGAGUGGCACCAUUCCCCAUUUCUCCAGAUAGGCCCAAACUCACUUGGCCACCUUCAGGAUGGGAAACCAUGACUUCAGAUCAGAAGCUGCAGGCUUGGGAGUUCACGGCCCUCUCCCUUGAGACAGAUGGUGUGAUCAAUUCUUCCUCUCUGACCUCAUCCAGAUCUGCCCUCCUCUGCAAAUAUAACUUCCUUUGUCUUCCUGGGUCAGCAAAGCCAGUCAUGAUCAAAGAAGAAGAGAUGGACAGGAAGCUUAGAUUUUACAAUUACAAAAAACUGUGUGCUCUUGCAAGAAAAGGUGUUCAUUCUCUGGACGACAAUCUGUUCGUUGUGAUGCUGGAGGCUGCUUUCCUGCAGAGGAAAAAGACCAUGGACUCUGUCAUUAACAUUAUCAAUGCUAAAAAUGUUCCACUUAGACUGUCCUAAAUUCAGGAGAAUUUCAUUUUUUUAAGUGGGGGGUGGUGUAAUAUGAUCAUCUAUGAUCAAUUAAGUAUUUCUAUUAAUAUUUCAUUGUGUAUUUCAUCAGACAUGCAAUUGUAGUUAAAAUGCCUCGUAUCAAGUUCAGUUAUUUAUUGUUUACCUGUGAAAGACCUGUUAUAGGCGUGAUUUAUCAAAAUACUAAUGUUUACAUGUUCUGAAUUAUCGUUCGUGUUUUGACACUACCCCCGUACUUUGUUUACAUUUUUACGAUAUCGAAUUAUCUGCUUUGAUCCGUAAAUAGAUCGAGUAAAUACAUGAUAACUGUUUUAAACAUGUUUAUAUUUACCAGAUUAAUCACCCUGAUCAGUUUCAUGCCAUUUUAAUGCUCUUUCCGUGAGAUAAUCGUCAUUUUACCGCUCACAAACUUCUCUGUACGGAACAUGCUGUUUGACGGACCGCUUCACUCAUCGACAUGCAAACGUAUUCUGACACUUAUUUUUGUGUUAUCAACAUUGUUGUAUGCCUUAUUAUAUCAUGUAUUAUUGUAUUUAGAUGCUGAUCACUAUUUUUCCGUAUUUUUACCUCAGUAUGAUCGGUGAUUGCUUUUAUCUGUCACCUCGAUUGAUGAACUAUGUCUUCGUAGCGAACUUCCGUAUUCAAGUGUAUCGCUACGCGCACUACUUCAGAAGGCGCCUAAUUUCAAAAUUCCUUUAGUGUAAAAUAUCGCAAGGAUGUGUAUUAAAGCUAUAUGCGUAUGUUGACUUAGAAAUAUGUGUCCGUGUAAUUAAAUUAAUCCGGACAAGGCUUUGUAUAGGAAUAAAAUGUUUAUUUAUUAUUUAGAUAUGCUUGUUCGGAAAUUAGGAAACUUGUCCGGAAUGUCCAGAAUCCGUACAGAUAUUUGAUUGGUUGUUAGUGUCCGGACAGAAAAGGACAAGUACUCAUUGGUUGGAGAAGGUUAUAAAUAUAGGCUCGUUCCAGCAGCAGUAUCACUUGAUCACUCGAUCACAUCCCGUUCAGUUGAGCACUCCUCUGAGAACUCCAUAUAAGGUAGAUAACCAAGAUGAACCUAGUCGUAGACGAUGCUAAUUUUUAUAAGGACUUCGUCGUCCGGACAGAAUCCGUAUAGUAUAACAACCAUGUAGACCAGUCUUUCCAGUGUUAUAGUUCUAGUUAUUAGUUGUGGUCUAUAAAAGGAACUGUUAUAUUUAUUUGAACUGUUUCAAGUUUAGAAUUACGAGUUGUCCGGAUUGUUCGGAAUCCGAAAUAUUGUUGUUCGGAUUUUCUUAGUUCAUUAGUUCAAAUAGGUUAUUCAUUUUUAUAACGAGUUGUCCGGGUGUCCGGAUAAGACUGACUAGAUUAUUUACAGUUUACUGGAAAUUAUGAGGACUUAAUUAGCAUACUUAUUAGAAAUGGGGAGGGGGUGUGAUUUUACCAGAUAGAAUUAGACUGCGUGUGUCGAGUUUAGCUGUCCGGAUCGGCGCAAGUUUAUGCAUUUAAUAUUUAUUAUUCAGUACAAUUCUUAUACGCUGUUUAUUGUUGAUAUUGAGCUUGAGAACGACAAAUCCUGCAGAUACGAGAACUAGUAGCAUUUUCUUUAUUUUUAUGACGAGUAGUUUUUAAAACGGUGACAGCCCCGGGUUUCAGGUUGUAUUGUUUGAAAUGGUCAGCAUCUUAGUCUGUGUUGUGAUAUUGAUAUUUUGCCAUCCUGAAUAAAUUGUUGUGUGUUAGAAAAA